UAAUUUUUCUAGGCGAUUUUAUCAAAACACAAAAUUUAAAAAUUAAAAUUAUUUUUUUAUUCUCAGUUUAUUUUUUCCCCUUCUUUUUUGAUUGUCAUGAAAGGAAGAAAGAAAGCAAAACUUGGGAAAUGGGGAUAUGAUAAGAAGAAGAAGCUGAGUUCUUCUCUCUUCCUUACCAGAUCUUAGUUGAAGUUCGAGUUGAAGAGUUGUCGUUUAGAUCUGAGAAGUAGUUUGAAGUUUGAAAAUAGAAACUCUCUUUGCGUUAUGGCUUCUCCUUCUUUCUUUCUCUGUGAACCGCUAAAUUUAUAGCAAAUGAAAGCAUGUGCUGUGGACAGGAGCGGUUGAAGCUGACAUCGCCUCAGACACCUUUGUUUAUUCCUUUGACAAAAAUAGACACACUAACAAAGACAUGAAUCGCUUGACAAUCGAGACUGAUGAUACUUUUGCGAGCAUACUUGAGCUUGCUGCCAACAAUGACUUUGAGGGCUUCAAACGGACCAUUGACUGUGAUCCAUCAGGUAUUGAUGAGAUUGGAUUAUGGUAUGGUAGACAGAAGGGCUCAAAGCAAAUGGUUAAUGAGCAGAGAACCCCUUUAAUGGUUGCUGCUACAUACGGUAGUAUUGAUAUCAUAAGACUGAUUCUUUCCCAAUCAGAUGCUGAUGUAAAUCGGGCAUGUGGUAAUGAUAAAAGCACUGCCCUUCAUUGUGCUGCCUCAGGUGGGGCUUUAAAUGCUGUUGAUGUUGUUAAACUGCUUUUAGCUGCUGGUGCUGAUCCGAAUUUGGUAGAUGCAAACGGUCAUCGUCCUGUUGACAUUAUUAUUGUUCCUCAUAAGCUACAAGAUGUGAGAUUGGCUCUUGAAGAACUCCUUGCAGCUGAUAGUUCUGUGGAUGAGCGUAAUCUUAGGGUGUCAACUGCUACAUCAAAUUCAAAUUCACCGCCUCUUUCACCUUCUUUUGAAAAUGGAUCACCAACAUUUGCGUUGGAUUCUGCAGUAAAAUCAAAGCUUAAUGAUGCUCCUACUUCUUAUGCAUCAGAGAAGAAAGAAUAUCCUAUUGACCCGUCUCUCCCAGACAUCAAAAACAGCAUCUAUUCUACUGAUGAAUUUCGGAUGUACUCAUUCAAGGUGCGGCCUUGUUCACGUGCAUAUUCCCAUGAUUGGACUGAGUGCCCAUUUGUUCACCCAGGUGAAAACGCUCGGAGAAGGGAUCCGAGAAAGUUUCAUUACAGUUGUGUUCCUUGUCCUGAUUUCAGAAAGGGGGCUUGUAGACGUGGGGAUAUGUGUGAGUAUGCUCAUGGUGUUUUUGAGUGUUGGCUUCACCCAGCUCAGUAUCGAACCCGGCUUUGCAAAGAUGGUACAAAUUGUGCUAGGAGAGUUUGCUUCUUUGCACAUACUCCUGACGAACUACGACCAUUGUAUGUGUCCACUGGUUCGGCUGUCCCUUCUCCUCGCUCAAGUACCAUUGGCGCUACAGCCAUGGACUUUGCUGCUGCAUUGAGCCUUUUACCCGGCUCUCCUUCAUCAGUGUCUGUCAUGUCUCCGUCACCAUUCACUCCACCGAUGUCUCCAUCUGCUAAUGGCAUGUCACACUCAAAUGUUGGUUGGCCCCAACCAAAUGUUCCAGCUUUGCAUCUACCGGGAAGUAAUCUUCAAUCCAGUCGCUUGAGAUCUUCUCUGAAUGCAAGAGACAUUCCUGCAGAAGAUUUCAAUAUGCUUCCAGAUUUUGAUGUGCAGCAACAGCAGCGACUUAAUGAGUUAUCCAGCCUCUCACAGCCAUCUCUGAGUUCUAACUCCUUGAACCGAUCUGGUCGGCUGAAAGUUCUAACCCCAUCAAAUCUUGAUGAACUCUUUUCUGCUGAGAGCUCAUCUCCACAUUACACUGAUCAAGCGCUGGCUUCUGCUGUUUUCUCGCCAACACAUAAAUCUGCAGUUCUCAAUCAAUUUCAGCAGCAGCCGAGCAUGUUAUCACCCAUCAACACAAAUUUCUCUCCAAAGACUGUUGAUCACCCUCUAUUGCAGGCCUCUUUUGGGGUGCCAUCAUCUGGAAGGAUGUCUCCUCGGAAUGUGGAACCUAUAUCUCCAAUGAGUCCUCGAAUGGUAUGGUUAGCCCAACGGGAGAAGCAGCAACAUUUUCGCAGCCUUAGCUCUCGAGAACUUGGCGUCAACUCCACUGCAGCUAUUGGUUCCCCAGUAAAUUCUUGGUCAAAAUGGGGUUCAUCAAAUGGGAAACCAGAUUGGGCUGUAACUACAGAUGAAUUGGGUAAGCAUAGGAGAUCGUCUUCAUUUGAGCUUGGCAAUAGUGAAGAGCCCGAUUUAUCAUGGGUUCAGUCACUUGUUAAAGAAUCUCCCACUGAUAUGAAAGAAAAGCUGACAACACCUUCUUCAGGUGUGGCCGCUGCCCCUUCUUCAAGCGAGGGUUCAAAUAUGAAUCCCCUAAUUGAAUCAGUUGAUCAUGCUGUUUUGGGAGCAUGGAUCGAGCAAAUGCAGCUUGACCAACUCGUGGCUCAGCAAAAUUGAAACUUUUUGGUAAAUAAUGUGUUUUUUUUUGGGUUAAAGUCGAAGAAAGAUGUGCGAGAGUAACAGAAUCAGAAACAAGAAAAUGACGAGGGAAGAAAGUAGUUUGAAAAGGAAAAUUUAUUAUCACCAUUUAUUAUUGCAACAGAAGUUAGGAAAAAAAAAGAAAGGUGAGGAGAAACCUCUGGGUUUUAUUCAAAAGAUUAAAAUCCCGGGCUAGUUUUUUUUUUUUUUUUUUUUAAUCUUAAUAUUCUCAAAUUCGAAAGACCUAUUAUUGUCAUUUUUUUCCUUGGAAAAUGAGCAACUUUCAAUGAAAUUAAGAGCUCUUUGUUUUGAUUAUCCUCCGUUUUCUGCCAUAGUCACUAUCUUAGGAGAUUAAGAAAAGAAGAUGGGGUGAAGACGUUUCAAGAAGAGAGAGGUUAGAAGUUGUGUUGUUUGGUUGGUCCAAUUUUUGGGGAUGACAAGGGAAAAUUUUGCUUCUCUUACUGUAGUUUGGAAAUCAAUAAUUGUUGGGGGAAGCAAUGAGACUCGCAUAAUGAUGUAACGUUAAACUUUAAUUUAUUGCUAUUAUUAUUAUUAUUAUUAUUAUUAUUAUUCUAAAUUCCUGUAUUCUAUUAAUACUUUUUCUUGCAUUUAGUUGUUGUAUUGAUUAUCUUGCAAUAAUGUAAUUUUGGAUGGAAGAUUGUGAAUUGUGAUCUGGUGGAAGUGGAUUCUAAAUCCCACUAUUUUGGGAA